AGCAAGACAGACAGCAACAAAAAAAAUCAAGAAAAUGUCGGAAAAGAAAUAUUGGGAGCCGGCAAAGGCUUUCCGCCCAAAAAACGAGAGGGCGAAAGUAAGUAUCUGGCACCAGUCAUUCACACCGACGUACGAGCAGGAGGAGCCCCAAAUGGCACUGCUUCUAUCCUGGCACUACGGUCGCCAGUGGAUGGAGGAGCGUGAUAUACACAGGAUGGAGACCAAGUUGAAGAUAAAGAAGGAGGCCAACUUCAUUCCACCCAACUAUACCAGUUGGCUUGAGAAGCGGAGGGCCAUAAAGACUAAGCAACAGCUGAUCAGAUCUUGACGUUUUAUUUGUGUUCAUUAAGUUGUCCAGUUUUUGAAUAUGAAAUUUUGUAAAAAUUGUUAAUUGUCUUCACGUUCUGGCUUUUUUAUAAAAUGUGUAUCUAAAUGAAUAAAGAUAAUAC